AUGCACGAACCAGAGAAUAAUGGCCAGAUCCCGUUUCUGGACACCCUUAUCACCAGGAGGGAGGACGGAUCCAUCAAACUACUGGUUUAUAGGAAAGCGACACACACAGACCAGUACCUGUCGUUUCAAUCGCAUCAUCCACUUCAGCACAAACGCUGUCAUACGGACGUUAUUGUCACCGAAGAAGAAGACCGUAAAAAAGAGGAAGAACACAUAAGAACAGCUCUCCAUACAUGUGGUUACCCGGAUUAGGCGGUAAAGAAGGUCAAAGAGCAAAUGAACAGAAAAAAAGCUAUUAGAAAAGAUAAAUCAAAGAAAGAUAAGGCACAAGAAAAAUCAAGAGGAGUGGUGACUGUCCCAUGUGUCCACUCAUUCACGGAGAAAAUACAACGUAUAUUCACCAAACAAAGGGUAGCCACAGUGGUUAAACCUCAAACCACCCUCAGACAGGUUUUAGUUCACCCGAAGGACAAAGUUGAGAAGCAAAAAAAGGCUGGAGUGGUGUACGAAAUUCCAUGCAGCCAAUGCGAAAAGGUAUAUAUCGGUGAAACAGGGAGACAGCUGGGAACCAGGAUCACAGAACAC